CACAGUGUGAGGAUACUGUACAGCAGACCGGCAGGGACCGAAGAGGGAAACAUUUGCGGCACGUUACGGACGCAUUUCCGUACCACCGGCUCGCGCAUACGCUGCGCAUCGAGCGGGCAGUAAUUGGGCAGCGGAGAUCCACAGCACAUGAGGGCAUUUCAUGUCCAGCCUGCCCAGGAAUCACUGUGACCCCGACGGAAAGGAGUUCGACUUGACAGGAUGGGGGGAGUAAGUGAAGGAGAUGAUGUGUUGGCUCGAUGGAGUGAUGGACUACUGUACCUUGGCAAUGUAAAAAGAGUAGAUGGAGUCAAGCAAUGUUGUCUGGUGAGAUUUGAGGACAACUCGGAGUUCUGGGUGCUGAGAAAGGACAUUCACUCGUUCGCUGCUGGAGUGGAAGAAGUUUGCUGUAUUUGUGACGCUCCGCCUCUUAAAGAACCCCUCAUAAAUUGUCUUAAAUGUCGCCACGGUUAUCAUCCAGAGUGCCACACACCAGCCAUCGAACCGGAAGCUGACAGCGAUUCGUGGAUCUGCCGGCAAUGUGUCUUUGCAGUCGCAACCAAGAGAGGCGGGGCGCUCAAACGGGGACGCUUCGCUCGGCUCAUGCAAUUUAUGAAACUCCGGCUUCCCUACCAGCUGUCGUCUUUAGACUGGGACCCGCAGCAUCUGACCAAUCAGCAACAGUGCUACUGCUACUGUGCCGGACCUGGAGAGUGGAACCUAAAGAUGUUACAGUGUGGAAGCUGUGGUCAGUGGUUCCACGAGGCCUGCACACAGUGUCUAACCAAGCCACUGCUGUAUGGAGACAGGUUUUAUCAGUUCCAGUGCUCAGUAUGUACAAAGGGACCAGAGACCAUCCAAAGACUACCCAUGACCUGGAUGGAUUUGGCUCAUUUAGUGCUCUACCAUCUCUCGCUGUGCUGCAAGAGGAAAUACUUUGAUUUUGACCAUGAAAUACUGUCCUUCACCAAUGAGAAUUGGGACUCGUUGCUCCUGGGCGCGCUCUCUGACACGCCAAGGCAAGACCGCUGUCACAAUCUCCUCAACGCGCUGAACUCCCACAAGGACAGGUUCGUCUCUGGAAAGGAGAUCAAGAAGAAGAAGUGUCUUUUUGGGCUUCAGGUCCGAGCCCCACCUCCACUGACGUCUGAUUCGUCGCCCCUCAUCACCGACCCACCUAUCAACAUCACGCACCGGAGAAGGUCAGUCCCGUUGUCACUACCCUGCCAGAGGAGAGUGGGGGGGCCGGAGUCGCGUAAAUCAAAGCGUCGCAUCAUGGAGACACAGGCUUGUCCACCUCCAGUUGCUGCCAACCCCAUUGAGCUGCUGCCAUGUUGCCAUGGCUACAUGGGAGGGGCCAGCCUUUACAACUCCAGGAAGUCAGAGGAGGAGCUUAGUUUGAGCUCUCCUCCCAAGCGGAUGUAUGCCCUGUACCACACCACGUACAACGGAAACACUGCACUCUCCAGGAGUCUUCAUCACUACAACAGCGUGGAGGACACUUGCAGAGUACCACCACCUUGCUAUCCAUACCCCCUCAACUCCAAUGGCAGCCAUCACCACCAUCACUCCCCCCACCACCAACAUAACCACCAACACAACAACCAACAUAACCACCAACACAACAACCAACAUAACCACCAACACAACAACCAACAAAGCCACCAACACAACAACCAACAAAGCCACCAACACCAGUCGGGGCAGAAGCAGCUGGAACCCCUCAUCCUACGUGAUAUGCCCCCAUACCAGGCCGACAUGGGCGGAGGGGGUGGCGUAGGUGGAGGAGGCGGAGGAGGUGGAGGAGGGGGGGUGGUAGUUGGAGGUGCGGACGGGACAGUGGCCAGGAGCUGGGGAGGAGGGGAGGCAGUGAGGAUCUUGGCGAGACGCGUCACACCAGACGGGAAGGUGCAGUACCUUGUGGAGUGGGAGAACGUGAAUUUGUACUGACACAAAGAGAGUAAAUACGAGACGCAAUGACUGUUUUGCCACAGGAAUACUGUGUAUGUAAUAUGUGGCAGUGUUUGAAGUACAAACAAAAACAAAAAAGGAAAAAAAAAAUCUCUACACGUUGCAAAUCCAGGUUGCUCUCAUAGUAUCACCUCUAUUCUACAGCAUUAUACUGUAACUCACUACUCGUUACUAAAUGUCCCUUUUUGCUAGUGUUUCUCUGAUAUUUGUACUGUUAACUUUGGAAUAUGCCUUUGCAUUUAUCAUGUUUAACAGUGAUGAGGGAAGAUAUUUAAACCUCCUGAUGAUUUGUAAAUCUUUGGGAAUCAAGAAGAGCAUGUCUUUAAUUUGAGUCAUACCUUGAUAUACAUCACUGUAGAUAAGCAACAGUAUAUUACAAGAAACUAAGAAAGGAAAGAUUACUGCUUUUUUAUCGCUUGAUUAAUAGCUUAAAAAAAAAAAAGCCUUAUUUAAUCUGUUACUUCUUACAUUUUGUAAUAUAAUGUUACUUUGAUAUGUCAUUUUAUUUUCCAUAAAUCAAACUCCCACCGCUUGUCAUUCAGACAAUAUGCUAUUUAAAGGAAGACGUCGACAUUUUGGGAAACAUUAUUUGCUUGCUUGCCAAAAGUGAGAUUAGAAGAUAGCACUCUUGUGUAUAUAUGGUAAAUAUGAAAACACAGUCAGGAAAUGGUCAGUUUAGUAAUAAGACUGGAAGCAGGGGAAAACAGCGAGCCAGGGCUCUGCACCUGUGAAGUUCACUAAUAAACAGUGGCAGGUUUUGUGGUUAUGUGCCGGACCAGACUGAAGGAAGUCACUUUGGCCUGCCGAGGAAUAGUCCUAGCUUGUUUCCCCUGCUAGUCUUUAAGCUAAGCUAAGCUAACAGUUACCUGGCUGUGUGUAAGUGAUAUCCAUCUUUUUACCCAACUCUCGCCAAGAAAGCAAAUAAGUGUAUUUCCUGAAAUGCGAACCAUUUAAUUAAAAAAAAACAACAACAAUACAAAUUAAUUUGAUACGAAUAAUGUUGGCACAAUGUGGCUUGUAGCACAAAACACAGCCACCCAAAAACUAGCUACGUUUUGUGAAAAAGUGAACAUUUUUAGCUGCUUUUGCAGUGUUAUAAUCACUAUAUGUUAAUGUGUAAAUUUAGUCGAGACAUCUCUAUGACCUCGCUCAAAUCACUAAAUCGUUAUUAGGUACUUUAAAUAGGAGGAAUUUUAAGAUUUGAUAUUGAUAUCUAUGGGAUGAGCAAGUUAAACAGCCAGUAGCCAAAACCUCCCUUCCAUCAGCCGUCACUUUAUAAUUGCUCAUUCAUCAACUGAUGGUUAAUGUUCACAUGGAGUUCUUUGAGAAAUUAGUCCAGAAAAUAAACUGAUGAAUGAUCCUUCAUCAGUCAGAGGCAUGACAACAGCUGGCUGCUGGAUGCUCAUGAAAGAAGCCGUAAACCUUUAUUUGCCAGAUGGUAGUUUAAUGCCUUGCUUAAGGGCACUUUGAAAGCAGUGGUUAAACCCAGCUUGUCUGACUUUAGGCUCAUAAACAACAAAUUCUCUGGAGGUUUUCACAUCUUUUUCUCAUCGCAGUAUGUUAAUAAGAGAUUGUAUGCAUAUUAUUACGGGGUUACUUAUUCGUUAUGUUAGAUUUUGUCAUACAUAAUUUAAAUUUAGACUACUGUACGUAUUAGAAAUAGGAGCCGCAAGAAGGCUUUUGUUUUAUAGAUAGAAUUAUAUAUUCACAAUAUAUUGCUAUGAUCGAAUAACUUACUUUUAUUUUUUUGACGUGGUUGCAUAGUGCCUACAUGGGUUGUGUACCUGCCGAUUGGUCUGCUGACCUGAGUCGACCAAUCAGACGACAGAUAGAUGAACGAGGCCAUAUUUCUACUGAACAAGAGGAUGGCUCUUUAUCAGUUGACAGAUACAACUACAUGGGUAAACACAAGGACCGUUAAUAAUGUUGAGAAGAGUUUUAAAAGCAGAACAGGACUGUGAUGUUACUGUACAUUCCAAACAAUCAACAAAAAAGAAAUAUAUAUGUUAUUGAAAUGUCUGUUUGAAGUCAUCCGAAUGGAAUUUAUUUUCAAAGAAUGCAUAUUAUGUUUUAGUUUUGAUGGGUGUUAAAUGUCAUAAAGAUCAGCAAAAGGUUCAGGUUCAGUUUCAUGUUGUAGGGAGUUCAAUCCUUGCGUUCAAAGUAACAGUACAGGUAAAGAAGACACUGAUAGGCCCGACUCCUAACUCAAACCCAUAGUUUCUUCCAGGGGUCUAACAGUCUAUAAUUUAAAAGGUGCAUCAUGACAUUAAGUACGAAUUCAUAAGUCAAGGCCUGACUUCUUCUCAGAUGUUAUAGAGGCAAGUGAGGUGCUGGAGUUGGAUUUUACAGGUUACAUAAAUCUAGAAUACUGUGGUGCAAGUUUCAGAGUUUAUAUUUUAUACAGAGGUUUAUUUCAGCAAUCUGUUCGAUAAAACCUACACAACGUAUAUACAUUUGUCAGUUUUAUCUUUCAGGAAAGACUGUACUACAGGUUUAGUUAAAGCAAAAGACAAAUAGAGCAUUUAUACUGUUAUAGUUAAACCAAUGCAAAACUCUGAUCUUCAUUAAAUGCCGACUUCUCCGUUGAACUAUCUCCUGCAUACAUUUCAGGCCAGUGAAAUUAUGUUGAUUGCAAAUUUCAUCCUCCUCAGUGACUAUUUGACUGUAGUUUAUUAGGAAGUGUUGAACCUUUCUAGGCGAUGGUGAUGAAUGUAUUCGUGUGUUUUCUAUGGUAUGUCUAUACCCGUCAAGUGCUCGUUAUAGGUUGUACUCGAGGUGGAACCCAACCCGAUUUGUUUCAAACUAAAAGCGGAGGAAAUAAAGACACCAACAUUGAGGGACAUCAUUUUGUUUGGGAGGGAUAGUCUUCUUUUUCUGAUUAGUAGUCAAGUCCAGGUUCAGUUUGAUGUAUUUUUGGAGAAAUGACAUUUGUACAUGUAUACUCUGCGUUGACACCUAAUAUGUAACAUGAAUAAUAAAAAAAUGUUUCACCUCA